ACAUUAAUAAUGUAUUUAUUGUGGUUUAAUAAAAAGUUUAUUAUAUAUUUAGAUGGACCAACAUAUUUCUCUAAGGAUUCUAGUGAUGACACGUGGCUACAAAAAAAUGUUGCAAUGCUUCUCAAAUAAUAUAUAGGGGAUAUACACGUUUCAAAAACGUCUCCAAGUCUAAAUAUCUACUCUAUUAAAAUAGUUAGACUUAUGUUUCUUCGUUUGUUUACGCGUAUCUGUGUUUUCGAUUCUAUGCAAAUCAUCGUACACUUCCAUACAUUUAGGAUAUUGCUUGAUAUGGGUCUAGAGUUUAUUAAGCCCAUUGGUUUAUAUUUUGGAACAAUUCAGAACGAAAAUCUUGGUUUUAUGCAUUAUGAGGACAUGUUUAUUCUCUUCUCUUGUCGUGUAUUGUGUGAAUCCACAUAUUAUAUAUACUAUAUGAAGAAUAAGGUUAUCCACUGUUGUAUCCACAGCAGAGGAAUUAUCAAAACUGUUUGAAGCCCCACACUCAUUUCUAACCCCUAAAUCAAAUCCCUUAAACAAUAAAAAAAUAUUAUUGUAUCUUUAACUGCUAGAGAUUAAUGUGAUGAGUUUCUAAGAGUUGUAAUGAAAGGUCAUUUUGUGUGUUUUUCGAUAAUAUGUUUUUUGAAUUUAUUAAGAGACCGAGAGAGAAAAUCAACAAUAUCGAAAAAUCGAGAAUAAUCAAAAGGAUCUAAAAAGAUCGAUCAAGAAGAAUAUCUGAAAUUGUGAAAUAUAACAUUCUCUAAUAUAUGAAUAUUUAAUUAUGUUUAUUCAUUCAUCACUAGAUGCAUAUUGUAUAUUUUUAUGAAAAUCUAAAAAAAAACAAAAUUCAUAAACACUUUUGUGUGUUCUUUAUUCUAAUCAGUUUAUCAGCACAAAAAUUAAGAUUAAUAUUGGAAUUAUAUAUAUUUAUAUAUAUAUAUAUACCAUGAGAAUUGAAUAUGUACAACCACUUAGUUAAUUAUUGUUGGGUUAUGAUAUAGACCAUCCUCAUUUGAAUUUGAAAGAAGUAGAAAAGAGGAAACGAAAAAGAGAAAAAGAAAGGCUGAAAAUGGAGGGAAGAGACAAAGUGGGCACUUCUACAAGAGAGGGAGAAGAAAAGACUUAAGAGAGAUGCCUUAGAAAUUUCACCAUCAUUGAAUUGGGAAAUUCCUUACGGAUUUGAUUGGAACGUGUAAUCAUUGUUGCAUGGAAUUCAUCCCCUAUCAUAUAACCUUUAAUUUUAAAAUUCCUCGCUUUGUCUCUUUGCUCAACCUAUGACAUGUCCUUCUUUCAUUUGCAUCAUAAUUUGUUUCUUAAAAUGUAUUUACAUGUGCAUCAUAAAAAUGUUUAAUUGAACUUAAAAGAAUACAUAAUAUUUUGUUUUGAGUUUUGACUAACCAUUUGCAAAAUUUAAACGUUGCAUUUUCCAUAAAUGGAGUUAAAAAUGUUAUUAUAUACUAUAAGUGCUUUAUUUUAUUUUAUAAUGUUAAAUUAUGUAUGAACUUUUUUUACACAAAAUAUUUAAUUAACAUACUAUCCUUGUAAAUAAAAAGGAUAUAAAACUUAACUUCGUCAUUUUAAUUGUUGUCUGUUUGUUUUUUUUUCUCUAUUUGUCUUAGUGUCGGUAAGAAUAAAUAAAUAAACUAACUAAUGGUACUAGUACUAUAAUUCCUUUAAGGGCUAAUUAAGCAGGUGUUUAAGUUGAUAGUUAAUUACGGAGUUGAUUGGACCGGUAAAGUAAAUACAGUGCCGUGCGAGGAUCUCUAGAGACCUAAGGCGAUUUUUAAAAUUGGGACCCUUUUAUAUAACUAGCAAAUACAAAAAAAUAUAAAUUAAUGAAAACAAAACCAUAACUUAUAUAGUAGACCAUUGACAAAAAAAAAACUUUAUAUUGUAGACCAAUAAAAGUGAAUAGGAAGAAAUACUACAGGAAGAAAACGAGGCAACGUGCUGUAUACAAAAUUAUUUGAAAGACUAAAUGAUGAAAAACAGAUCAAAAUCUAAUUAAGAGUUUAAUUUCUGAUGUUUUUUGGAAAACUUACCCGGAAAACGAACCUGAUUCCUUAUUAAAUUUAGAUUCAAAUCCCUUUGAAAGACUAUUUGAUUUAGAAUCUUUAUUUCCUUCUAUAAGCUUAUAUUCCAAAAAGACAUACACACACAAAGAUUCGAACACGGGUCAUUAACGGUGAGUGUUGGAGAACAUAUUAAUGCAUAACCACUUUGAUAUACUCAUUCUCAGAAAUCGGGGGCCCCUAAAAUUGUAGAUAAUUUGGGGGCCUAUGGCAAAUACCUUUUUGAAUAUAUAGUAAGCACGGCUCUGAGUAAAUAUGAAACUUAGUUUAAUCCACCUCAAUCAUGUUUUAUGAUAAUGUCAUAGAAAAGAUUAAAAAUGUUUAAUUAUAUGUUUUUUUAUUAGUUGCUGUUGCGUUGUGUUGCUAUUGUGGAGGAAGUUGGCCUGCUCUUUUCCUUAGGUGUUGUUGUGUGUAGUUAUCAAAUUCACGAUAAUAUAAAAGUACAACAUUUGUGUUUUACUAUGCGCGAUAUAUUUUAAAAGCAGUCGUAUAACAUAUAACGUUUCUAUGAAUAUGAUUAAACUAGGUGUUUUGUUCGCACUCGCGGACUUAAUAAUUUUACAAAAAAUAUAAAUAUAGAUAUAUUAUCAAUUCAAAAAUCAGUAGACAUGUGAUUUUAAUGUUUUUAAAACAUUUAAUAAAUUAUUAAUUUUUUAUAUACGAAAAAGGUUUUUUAUUUUAAGAAAAUAUAUCGUAUUACAUAAAAUAAAUAUGAAAACAUUCAAUUUACAUAAAAACAUAUAUAGACAUUUAUAUUUAUUUUUGAAAUAGUUUGAUGUAAAAUAUUUUGGAUAACAUAAUAUAUAAUCUUUUUAAAUAAUGAUGAUUAUCAAAUUAAUGAAUUUGUUUUUAACUUAUGGGUAAUUUCAUAUUAAAAAUAUAAUUUAAUUAUUUAUUUAGGAUAAUAAAUAAUUUAAAUAUUCUAACUUUUAACUGAGAGAGAAAAAAUCACUUCACAAAUAAUAGGAAUCAUUUUCGAACACAUUUAUGAAAGUGGAUUCAGACAUGAUUUGGGAAGAGGUAACUUUUUUGGGUGUCGUUUCCAUCAUCAGCUUUAGGACACAUCUUGAGAUAUGGAUGGAAGCUUUGAUGUACCUCCACCACACUCAAUUACCUUCUUGACAAUUAUUUCUCUGUCUCUCUAAUCUCUAUAUUGUCAUGUGUAAGGAAAAUCUUCAAAUAUCUUAUACAUUAAGAUAAAUCUUUACUUCAAUUAAUUUCUUAUAAUUUUGAUUCCUUGGAUUGCUUCAGUAAAGCUGAUCAACAACAAUUAGUCCAAACUCCAAACCCUUGUUUGGCCUCAUUAUGGGAUGGUUAGGUUCAAUAAAUGAUGCAGGUUACUUGCUUAGAUAAAUGAAAGUAAAGUCGUAAUUGACUAAUUUAAUUAACAGGAAGAUAAAUUCAACACAUCAUUAUCAACUUAUUUUACUACCGGCGCAAACAAAAGAGUAUCGUUUUUUUUACUAAAAGAUAAAUUGAGAAAUUUCAUUGAACAUUAUAUUCCACGAAAGAUAAAUUGAGAAAUAAAUAUGGUAUAUAUCCAAAUAAUUUUGUUUUGUUUGGCAUAUGAUUUUAGACAUAUAAACUUCACAUGAAGCUGACUGCCAAAGACACGAAUGGUUCAAAACUUCAAAUGAUACAUUUAGAGGGUUUUUGAAACGUGUGGGGACGUACAUACAAAACCCUAUCUCUCUAUAUGAAAGCAAGAGAAGAAAAACCGUAAAAGUAACAUUUAUAAAUUUUAUUAAAAUAAAAUAUAGACAAAAUAAGUGUGAUAUACUAUUUACAAAAUAAUACGCACAAUAAAAAGGGAGAAUGAGAUUAAAUCAAAUGGAAGGAGGAGGAAAAGAAAGAAGAGUAGUAGUCAAUACUUAUUACGAUCAACAACAAGAGAAAAUGAACUCCCCAUUUGAAGAAACUAAUGUCUUAACCUUCUUCUCUUCUUCUUCUUCUUCUCUCUCCUCUCCUUCUUUCCCCAUCUAUAACUCUUCUUCUACCACUAAUACUAGUUACGCACCUCUAGGGUUUUCGAAUAAUCUUCAGGGUGGAGGACCCUUGGGAUCAAAGGUGGUUAAUGAUGAUCAAGAUAACAUUAGAGGUGGAAUUAACAAUGAUGUGCAUUAUAAUUCUUGGUGGAGAUCAAGUAGUGAGAGUGGAGAGAUGAAGAACAAAGUGAAGAUAAGGAGGAAACUAAGAGAGCCAAGGUUCUGUUUCCAGACAAAAAGCGAUGUGGACGUUCUGGACGAUGGCUACAAAUGGCGUAAAUAUGGUCAGAAAGUCGUCAAGAACAGCCUUCACCCCAGAUGUGGAUAUACAUACAGGAGUUAUUACAGAUGCACACACAACAACUGUAGGGUGAAAAAAAGAGUGGAGAGGCUGUCGGAAGAUUGUAGAAUGGUGAUAACUACUUACGAAGGUCGUCACAACCACAUUCCCUCUGAUGAUUCUCCUGAACGUGAUCAUUGUCUCUCUUCCUUCUAAUCUCUUUCUUUGCUUAUAUAUAUAUGCGCAUACAUAGAUGUGUGAUAUUUCGCAUAUUUGAUAUUGCAUGUGCUUUUCAUCAGAUGUUUUAUAUAUAUUCUUGACUUCAUUUUCGUUUGUAAUAGACUCUUUUUUUUAUUUUAUUUUUUUGUAAUAGACUUAUAUACUCUCAAUGUGGAUUAGUUUUGAGGCUGAUCAGGUGACGUGGUAUAAGAUAUUAAAGAUAUAUAGGUUUAAGAUC